AUGGUGACGUCGUCCGGUCAAAGUGUUACCAUUUUAGCUGUAACUACGCUUAAAUUGUUAUGCAUCAAUGCCUUUCGUUCCUCUGCGUUACUCGCCUACUUACCAAACAAGCGGAGCAGCUUGUGUGAUGUCCGAGAAGACUGCCGUACUGGCGAGCAAAAGCUUUUAUCGGUUGAUAUGGUUCUGGAUGUAGGACGAAGUCUAAAUCCUGCCAUAGACAUCGGCCAAAUUGAAGGCUCCUUUAUGCAGGGUUACGGUCUCAUGACGAACGGGGAAUUCACUUACGAUGACAAUGGCAAGCCUAUUCAAGACUCAAUGUACAAGUACAAAAUACCAACAGCUGCUACGGUGCCUCGAAGGUUCCGAGUAAAACUUUUGAAAUAUUCGGACACGUUUGCUGAGCAGGUCUAUUCGUCGAAGGGAAUAGGAGAGCCACCGCUCAUGCUCAGUGUGGCUGCUGUCGCGUCAUUGCGCUUUGCUAUAAACGCUCGUCGUCGAGAUCUAGGAUUUUCUGAUUUUAUAGAGUUGUCGGCUCCGCUGACAAGAGCAAAAAUCAUCUCCUUCUGUAAUCCAUAAAUACUUCUCUGUUGGCUAUGUUGCCUACAUUUAUGUGCUCACUGUCUGUCAAUAUCUGCUCAGCAAUGUAGAGUAAUCUCUACUGCAUUUGUUCGC